CCUGCAUGCCUUCCCGUUGCGUCUCCACUUCAAGAUUGCUCAGCCUCACUCCUCGGUCUGUUCUUCUCGGAUUCGAGCAUUCGCCAUUCAAACAAUUCCCACCAUUGGCACUCAUUGUCUCAAACACAACCCGCGGAACUUCACAAACCCCAGCGCCCAAAACCUCGCCUCUGUCAGGCCCUCGAGAACCCUGACCUUAUGCGCGGAAUCUGCCUUCACCGAGAAAAAAGCCACCAACCCGGACCCGGCUCUUUCCCCGCCGACGCCACACACCGACCCGAGCGGCCUUGUUCCCCGCCAUUGGGGCUGAAUCGCCUCAUCCGUUGCCAGAAAACCUGCUGCGGCCACAACAAGUUCACCCGUCGCUGCUAUUCGCCUUUCUCGCGCCUAUGUAAUCCAAUGGGCUUCCUCUAG